CUGUAGCCCUGACAAAUGGCUGAUCUGUGCUUGGCAUAUCACAGAGCUGUCGGAAUCCGCCGCAGAAUUUGCGCUCAGUUCUAUGAAGGCUACGGACAGACCGAGUGCACCGCCGGGUGCUGCCUGAGCGUGCCUGGAGACUGGACAGCAGGCCACGUGGGUGCCCCAAUGCCUUGCAAUUUUAUCAAACUGGUCGAUGUGGAGGAAAUGAACUACCUGGCUGCCAAGGGCGAGGGCGAGGUGUGUGUGAAGGGGCCAAACGUAUUUCAGGGCUACUUGAAAGACCCAGUGAAAACAGCAGAAGCUUUGGAUAAAGAUGGCUGGUUACACACGGGGGACCUUGGAAAAUGGUUGCCAGCGUUUCUCAUAGCGAUCGUGGUGCCGGAUGUGGAGACAUUGUGUCCCUGGGCCCGGAAGAAAGGCUUCGAAGGCUCGGUGGAAGAACUCUGCAGAAAUAAGGACGUCAAAAAAGCUAUCCUGGAAGACAUGGUGAGACUUGGCAAGGAGGCUGGUCUAAAGCCAUUUGAACAGAUCAAAGGCAUUGCUCUUCACAAUGAAUUAUUUUCCAUCGACAAUGGCCUUCUGACUCCAACGAUGAAGGCAAAAAGGCCAGAGCUCCGGAACUAUUUCAGGUCACAGAUCGAUGAACUCUAUUCCACCAUCAAGGUUUAGGGUGAGGAAGAAGGCUCAGAAGAAAUGACACACCUCCACCGUCCUCUUCUGCUGCUGGCCUUCGUGAUGGUAACUUUGACUACAGCAAGCGUGGGGAAGGAAACAUUUGUGCUUGAUUGUCCAUUCGGGUUCUUGUCAUAGGAAUGCUAGAGGAAGUGGAACACUGCCUUACAGUCACCUCGUGCUGCAGGCCAUGUUCAUGGUGAUACACAAUUUCCAAAGUGAGCCUUAAACAUUGCAAAGGGGAAGCUAUCAGUGUGCUAAGUUAUUUGAGACUUGCUCCGUGUUACAAAGGUCCACACUCUGUCUGCCUGUUUUUCUAACCGCGGGGUUAGGACUUUGCUCUUUCUGAGAUACCUGCUACUGCCUGCAGAUUCUGCAGUUGUCUGCUGCUCCGAAGAGUGCAGUGCCCUGGAGGGGAGCCGUCCCCUUCACACAGAACGGCCAUCCUGGCUGCCGCGUGUCACAAGAGGACCAGAGGUUUCUUUUCUUUUUUUUUAAUCCCUGCCCCCUUCUCUUCCCAUCCCCAUCUCCUGUGCACUCCCAGGGCCCUUGUGAUUCCUAAGGGGUCCAGGUCCCCUGCUGGAACGUGAGGUUCCCAGUGACCUGAGGACACGCCCAGCUCUUCAGUGCAGGUACCGACUCUCAGGAGAGCAGCUCUAGGCUCUCUCACACCACUGAAUGCACUCAGGCUCUGCUCUCCGGGCCCGCCCCCUCCCUCCGGCCCGCCCCGCCCCAGGGGCUACUGAAAAAUCUGCCUUAGACUCUACAGUGAAGACAAGCAUUUCGA